AUGUCAUGUGCCAUGCCCUUUUCUGCUUCACAGGCCUGGCCCUCCAUCCGUCCUCCACUCUACCACAGUCCUGUGAUCAGGGACAGUCUGAAGGUGGCUCCAGCCAUUCCCAAGUCAGCGGUGAAUGAGGGAGAAUCAGUGGAUCUUCAAUGCACCACGACACGGGGCUUCACAGAGCACACCUUCCUCUCCGUUACCUGGUCUAUCAGGAAAGGGAGCAGCCCGUUGGAGGAAAUCUUGACAUUUGGACCGGAUGAUAAGAUUAAAGUCGGAGACAACUACACCCAGCGUUACACAGAUGGUGGACUCCUGCUGGACCUUCCUGGAGGUGGUUUUUAUGGACUGGUCCUGAGAAAUGCAAAGCCAUCAGACCAAGGAGGGUAUGUGUGUACGGCCCAGGAGUGGGUGAGGCAGGGUGAAGAAGGAAGAAACUGGCGUAAGAUUCUGGAGAAGUCUAAGGAAAUGGGAAAGGUUGUGGUGACGCCCACAGAUGUGUUUGAGAAGAGGAACAAGAGCAACGCAAUAGAGAAAGAAGAGGAACAUCCUAAAGCUAUAAUGCCAGAUUACACAAAUCAGCCUGACCACUAGAACCUUCAUCUGCGUCUCAGUACCUAGAAAACACAUCUCAGGCAUCUUCCAAUAUGAAGAGGUCCAACUUGUGCUGUAGAAUAAUAUCUUCAUUCUAAAAUCUGGGUUUUAUAAAAUAAUAUUUUUUUGCAUUUGUCAAACGAACUAACAAAAACUUUAAAAAUUCUAAUAACACACACACACACACACACGCAUCUGGUCAGCUAUCCUUGUAGGGACUCUCCAUAAGUGUAAUGGUUUUUAUACUGUACAAACUAUAUUUUCUAUCGCCCAGGAAGCUAUCUGCAUUUUUACUUUCUCAAAAAAACUCAUUCUGUAUGAUUUAUAAGCUUUUGUACCCAUGGGGACCUCAAUUUAGGUCCAUGACACAAGUCCCCAUUAAUGUGUGUGUAUUCAGGUUUAAGUCCUCACCAGGAUAUAUAUUUAACCACCCCCAAACACACACACGUCAUUUAUUGUUUUUAUCUGUUUAAUUGUUUCAUUUCCCCUCACUUUUGUCCUUGGAUUUCCUCUUGGGCCCACUAUGGGCACUGUUGGUCUGCAUACAACAUAUUAACCCUCCUGGAGCUCCUUAAGGUGUCCAUUGACCUGUCCUUUUAAUCUGCUAUCUUAGUAGUAAGUACAAGUGUAUAUCGCAACAUAUGAACUGUCCCACAUUGACUCUGAUUGAUUGAUUGAUUGAUUUGAUAAAAAUAACUGUUUCACAGUAAACAUAAUUUUUUUGUGUUUGCUUUUUGCUUUUUAUAUAAACAUAUGUUCAGUAAUUGAAAAAUAAAUUAAUUGAUUGUAGACCAUCUCAAGACCAAGGCAGGGGACGGGUAUCUAGUCCUAUGCAUUGCAAUAUGUUAUAUUAUUAAAGGAUUUCUCUUAUUCA